CAAUGAACGCAGGUUCGCCGACAUCACAGCCUGAAGCGCAGCCUGAAGCACAGCCUCUUGGAUCUCUGCAUCAAUCUACCACCUCAGCCCUUGUCGUAACAGAUCCCCCCAACUCACCUUUAAAUCGCAUCCCUCUCGACAUUGGCCAUCAUCGUCAAUUACUGUUUGACCUUGUAACUCCGGUCCAGUUUGACCAAAAUGCGUGGGAUCGUUAUUGGCCGUUCAUCGACAAUGUGUGGUGUCUCCACAACAAGGCUGAUGUGAGCGCGCAUCUUCCCACAACCGGAAAGACGGAAAAAUUUUGGGGAGGAUGCCGACUUCAACGCCAAUGGAAGCAGCAAGAUCGAGAUCCUACGAAUUCUGGUGGGCGUAAGCGCAAUAGGCGGCAGCCAGGCCAGUGUCCCGCUAAGUUCAGGGUGGUUUUGGAGCCCAAUGGCAUACGAACCCUGGAGAGAAGCAAAGAAGCUCACAGCCAUGAUCUCGACUAUAUAGACUCUAUCAAGCGUUGUAGUGGUGUGCGCGCUCUAGUUGCCGAUCCGUUCUUCGCCGGCUGGGAAAGUGGAUCCAUACUCGCCUAUCUCAAGGAUCCUGCCAAUGCACCUCCGUCAUUGCCUUUCCUCCUCGACCAGGCUGGAGGUAAGUACCUUGAGCGUCGAGAAAUCAUAAAUAUCUUCUCUCAAAAAUUGCGUACGGCCUACCCAGGGCUUGAUCAGACCACCCUCAAGAAGCAGAAAGAGAAGUACGAGGGUGUGAAGACUUGCAAUGUAAAAGGAUGCAACAGGAGUUUCAAAGAUGCGAAGGAACUUGCGAGACAUAAAAAAGACGAGCAUGAGCAGAAAAAGCACGACCACAGUGACAAGAUGUUUACGUGCCCAAGAAAAGAUUGUCACCGACACAAGCGGAGCAAAGGUUUUGCAACGAAGGUUGCCCUGAGAGAACACAUGCUUCGCAUGAAGCAUUGGGGCUUAGCAGGGUAUCAUGCAACUGACGGGAUGAGAUUGGUUGAAGUGAUUACCGAGAGUGAACGGGCAGCUGUUGAACGAGGAGAAGAUGUUGAAGCGGAGCCAUUAGGACGCUCUCCCUUGUCAAAUGACAGCAUGGAAAUGCAGCAUACGCUCCAAAGUUCGCCUCUCCCAUUUUUGCCGCCAUCUGCGUCAACAGAUGACACCGCACCGCUGGAAAAUCUGUCAGGCCACGAUGAUGGCUUGAUGCAACUCGCCUCUACGUCCUCUCCAAUUCACGAUCUGCAGCAUAGGCAGGCAAUGAUGCAGCGAUUGCAGGUCCUCGAGAUGGAACGUGCGCGAAUGGAGCAAGAGAUGGAGAGGCUGAGGACUGCAUUAUUCGCUGGGUGAGAUUCGGGAGACUUUGAAUAAAUUCCUGUUAAGAAGUUCUAUUGGCUAGACAGCCUGGCCCUCGGACCGUCUUCUGUUUGUAGGUGGUCUUUGCUUCACCAAACGAGAGAGAUUGAAGCCCAUACGACCAUCCACGCAAAUGGAAUUGACCAUUCAAAUGCCGAUGGAACAAUCUCGCUUGGAUUCAAGGUGACUGACGUGACGGCGAUCGGGGGAACUAAUCCCUUCAAGCCCCAUAGCCAGUCUAUCUGGACAGGCGGACCUCCUUAUCAAAGUUUCUCGAUUCUUUAGUCCGCCGGUUCCAUCAAAAGCAACGACUUCCUCAAUGACGAAUAAGGCAACAGUGGAUUACUUUCUCCCUGUGGUGUUAUCGAAAGGGGCAUGAACGUCUUCAUUCCAAAAUGAUUUAGAUCACUGUCCAACAGAAGUUCUGAAUAUACGAUAUGCAGAAACGUAGCUUUUGCCAUACUAGCCUCUCUGGUUCUAGGUAGUUUCAUGGUCGUAGUUGAUAGGAUGGCUAUAACCACACAAAGAACCACAAGAAACGACAACGCAAAGAAUUCUGUAGUACAUGCGCUGAUUCCUUCAG